CACUGCGUUUGCCAAGACACGGCCUUCACUCGAGGACCCGUCUGCUCCAACGGUCAUCGGUCCUGCGACACAGAUGAACAGCCCACUACCACUUCAACUUACUAAUUCUGUAUAAUAGUUGGUGAAACAGGCCUAUAGACUAAUAAGACAGUAAGCCAGUAAGGUAGUAAGGUAAGGUAGUUCUUUGAUCAAUUGAUAACGAACAAUUUGAAUUUAAGAAAAUAUGUCAACAAACAAAUGUUAAUACUUUGUCAUAAUCUGUGGUCUUGUUUAUUGUUUUUGAAAAGUAACAAAAAUUGUUUAGUUCUUCGUUGAUUACAUGAAGUAUAUUAGUUUUUCUAAUUCGUUAAGUUUGUAUUGAGUUAGUGAGUUAAUUUAAUUCAUUACACUUUCAUUACAAUUAAUAAAAUUACUUCUCUAAAAAGUUAUUAUGUUUGGACGUAGUUGAAUACGGACUACUGACUAAUGUCAGUAUUAUGGAUUUUUAUAUCAAUUAUGUAAUCCAAAAACAGACAAAUAUAGAGUCCUUAAACGGUCAGUUUUCUAGUUUUAUUUUAUUAUUGAUUAAAUAGUUAAAACAGAAGGACCAAGAAAAAUAGAAACAUGUCUAAAGUACUUAUCAUAAGGCACUUGCCAGUGUCGUUAUCUUUCGAAGAUAAGGAAAAGCUUUUAAAACAUUUCGGAGCGGAAAAGGUUUGGGAAAAAUUGAAGAAACGAGAUUAUAUUUUCGCAUCUUUCUCGACUGUGGAAAAAGCAAAAGCAUCUCUUCAACGACUGCACAUGCUGGAGAUAGCGCAACGACGGCUAGUCGUCGAAUAUUCAUUUGAAAAGGAGCCAGCUACUGAGGCUUCGAAAAUCGAUGACACAAACUCGAAUAUCACAAACCAAAUAAAAGAGUUUUUAAGAAUUAUGAACGCAUGGAACCCAUCCCUUGACUUCUAUCAGCCUCCACCGGUACAUUUAAGAUAUUCUUACCCCAAAGUUAAUCCACAAAUCAUUAUUAAUAUUAUCUAUGAACUUUUUGUUCACAAAUCUUUUUAUACUCAAACUUUACACCUUAUGAAUAAGAUGUCUCUUGGUACACCUUUUAAAGAAAACGAAGCUGCUCUAAACUAUUUUAAAGAAACUUUUAGAGGUUAUUUUAUAGAAGAAAUGUCUAUUCUACCCCCGGAGGGACCAAGUGAACCUGAGUCUGAGAUAUCCAGUGGCGAUGAAAUACCAAAGCAACCAUUGCCAUCAAUGAUAAAAAGAAAACAUAUCUUGCCUAAAACCAGAAAACGUCCUGCUGCCGUUCUUUCAACAGCUCUCUUACCGAAACCCAAAACUGUCAAGGUGGAUCAAAAAGAAGUUUUUGACGUCAUCACUCCAGUAUCAGAAGCCAAAAAAAUAUCCCUAGUAGUAUCCCAAAACGCUUUGCAGAAACAAGCCGAUGAACCAAUUGCCACACCAGUUAUUGGUGAGCUUGGUAAAUUUCAGAAGAAAGAGCAGUCCCCUGUUGCACAACCUAUUUCUGAGGAGCUCGAACCACCCACUAUUACUAAACAAGAAAUUUUGAAGAAUAGAAUGUCUUACGGAGAUAUGAAAAUUCUACCAGUAUUUAAAAACUAUCACCCUGGAGAGCCUUCGAUGAGGUUGUACAUUAAGAAUCUUGCUAAGACUGUCACCGAACAAGAUGUUAAGAGGAUAUACAAGCGUUACGUUGAACAUAUACCAGAGGAGGAGCAAGUCGGUUUUGAUGUGAGAGUUAUGCAGGAGGGACGAAUGAAGGGUCAAGGUUUUGUAACGUUUCCAUCAGUAAAAAUUGCAGAAUUAGCCCUAAACGAAACAAAUGGAUAUUUGUUAAAAGAGAAACCUAUGGUUGUUCAAUUUGCUCGGGCCGCUACUAAAAAAACUGUAGACUAAGUAUUUGUGUCGAAUUUUAUAUUGUUACAUUCCAUGGAAUCUCGUAUUAAUAUAAGCCAAAAAUUAAAUAAGUCUGUAAAUAUUGUAAAGAUAUUUAAUAAAACACACCUUAAAACAAA